UAAACAAGCAAGGGCAGGUUGACUUUUCGAGCUGAAUUCAGUUGGCAGGAGGUACUUGGGCAUGGCAAGGCUGCUAAGUUCAAACUUGAGACGCGUCUUGGUCGCGCAGAUCAGGAUGGCAUCCGACUCCAGCCAGCUUGGCGAACUGGGAAAGGGCGCAGGAAAAGGAGGAGGAGGUGGAGGAUCAAUCCGUGAAGCUGGAGGGGCUUUCGGGAAGAGAGAGGCUGGUGAAGAGGAGAGAUAUUUCAAACAGAAAGAGCGGGAGCAGUUGCAGUCGCUGAGGAAGCACCAUGAAGAAGAAAUUGACCAUCACAAAAAGGAGAUUGAACGCUUACAAAAGGAAAUCGAUCGUCACAAGAACAAGAUCAAAAAGCUCAAAGAUGAUGACUAAAGGUUGCAGUGGGCGGGAGGCCAAAUCUCAUAACUGCAUAAAUUAGUUGUGACUGUAUGCUUGUCUUCAUUUCCUCACUCAUAUUGUACAUGCAUAACUAAAAAUAAAUCUGGAUAUGCCUCAUUUUCCAUGGAA